UUUUUGCCGCUGCUGUCUUGUUUGUGUGUGGGCGAUGAGGAAGACAAGUGUUGCUCUGCUUCGCGCUGCUGCAACUGCUGCAACUGCUGUCUGCACAGGCAGUGUUGGCGCUGGCGUAGCUUGUGCCGCUGGUGGAGGUGGAGGUGGAGCAGCAGCAGCAGCAGCAGCAGCAGCAGCAGCAGCGAGUGUGCGCGUGCUGCGCUUGCCAGGCCUCAUCCCUUGGCUCAACGCAACACGCAUGCAGCGCGCCCUCGUUGACACAUACACGCAGGAGUGAACACAAUGCCGGCGCACCACGACAAUGGCAGCACUGAACGUGCACCUUUACUCGGCAGCGAUCCCCAACGCCAUGACGAAGAACACCCCACGUUUGCCGGCAGACAGCAUCGGCAUGGCCGAAUGCUCACUUCCGACACGGAUGACGUCCACUCGUUCCACCUGAUGCUGCUUCGCGCAACCGUCUUUGUGGAGGAUGCCUGUGCUCUUCGACCCAUGGCCCACAGGCAGGAUACCAAAGCCCUCAACUUGCGGCGAUGGUACUUCUCACGCGGGGUGCAGGCUGUGCUGCUGCUCAUCACGCUCGUCAACGCCACGUUGGUGUUCUACGAGAACCCGCAGGCGUUCUUCUCGCCAAGCACGCUGCGCCGCCGCGACAUUGUGCCUACUGCCAUCGAGGUCGUGUCGCUGCUUGUGCUGGGGGUUGACGCGUAUCUCCGCUACAGCAUGACAGGGUGGAUGUUCUACAAGAUGCAACCGCUUGAGCUCGUGUAUGCCGGCGCAACAACAGCGGGGCUAAUUGGCUGUGUCCUUAAUAUGGCGAUAGCGGCAGCCCCAGCAUGGCACAGGCUGCUGCGCCCUGUCUACCUCAGCAUACGCUGGCCAGAUAUGACCCUCAUUGCCACCACGCUGGCGUGGAGUCUGCGCGAUGUUGUGCCCCACAUCGUCCUGCUCACCAUCCUCAAUGCCGCCGCCGCCCUCAUGGCCAUGAUCAUCUUCCCUUCAGACCCCAACUUCUCCACCUUCUCCGAUGCGCUUGAAGCGCUGCUCGUGUUCACCUCCGGAUCCAACAGCCCAGAUGUCAUGCUGCCGUCCCUCAACCAGACGUCGCUGUCUGUAAUAUUUUUCUUCGCGCUGUCGAUCCUCAGCACGGUCCUCAUCUUGGGCAUUGUCCUCGCCACCAUCUACAACCGCAGCGUCGUCUACAUGAACCAAGUGUCACGUCACCGGUUUGCGCAGCGCCGAACAGCGUUUCGCCUGGCGUUCCUCUGCCUCGAUCGCGUCUCGCAGAAUGUCGCAAGCGGCCUCAUCGACUUUGCCACGAUGCGUGCCCUCCUCAAGUCCGUGUGGCACGUUGACGACAGGCUGAUUGGCGUCCUGCUGUCGCUGCUCGACAAGAACAACACGGGCACCAUCAACGUGCACGAGUUUACAUACAUGUUCGAGCUCAUGCUGCUGAAAGUAGAGCGCGUGCGACCCACACGCACGUGGGUGCGCACACACCUCCCCUGGCUGUAUCGCAUGUGCGACCUCGGGUGGCUCGCUGCCACCGCAGACGCUGUGCUAGUGGUGAAUCUCAUUGUGCUGGCUGUCGACCUCACAGCAUCGCCGCCGGAGAAGGCGGUCGUGUGUGCGCCAUAUUGCGGCGUGUAUCUCGCGUGUGCCAUCGUCUAUCUGCUGGAACUCCUCAUCACCACCACCGCCCUCGGCUGGCGGCGCAUUCUCCGCAACCCGCUCGCGCUUGUGGACAUGCUACUUGUGGUUGCCAUCUUCAUCGGGCAGGUCGACGCCUUCAACGGCACGUCACAGCUGAUACCACUGGCGUUUGCGCGCGCGCUCCUCAUCUGUCGCAUCAUGCGACUUGGAAGAAUGCUCGCACGCGUCGCCCUCUUCAGGUUGAUGUUCACGUCUGUGGCGCGCGUGCUGAGUCAGCUCCCUGGCCUGCUGGGUGUUCUGCUCGCCACCUACUACAUAUUCGCCCUCCUUGGCAUCGCGCUCUUCAAGGACCGCCUUGGCUUCAAUCCCGCACUGGCAAACAGCACAUACGCAGAGGGUGGUCUCCAGGUCUUCAACUUUGACACGUUUGGGCAGGCGUGCAUCUCGCUGUGGGUGGUGCAGCUGCAGCUAGAGAUACAAGAUCUCAUCGAUGCCUGCAUGCAAGUCACGUCGCCGUGGUCUGUGCUUUAUUUUAUGGCGUGGCUGCUCGUGUCAUAUCUCCUCAUCCUCAACGUAUUCUUCGCCUUCCUGAUCGAUUCAGUCGAUGUCCUCAUCAACAGGCCGAAGAGGAAAGAGUACUUCCGGGUGACAGCAGCCGGCGUUCGCAAGAUACAGGAGGACGAGGCGAGCACACACGCAGCCGUGCGCGAUGAUAGCGAUGAUGACGAGGACGAUGAUGACGAUGAAGAAGGCGACGACGGUAUUAGUAGCGGCGGUGGUCGCGGUGGUCGCGGUGGUGUGGAUAGCCGUGCUGAUGGCCGAGGUAGCAGUCGUGGUGGUGGCCAUAGUGAUGUGACAACUGCAUCGCCAGUGGCACCAUGGCAGCGUCCCCAACACGUGCAAGCGACAACACCUGAGCGAAGAGCGGUGUUGCGCGGGACAGCAGAAGGAGCAGAGUACAGGCGGAGCACAAGCCAGGAGACAGUCAUGGCCACCACCACACCAAUUGACAACAGCGACAAGCACGAUGCAGGACCGCCUUGGCGACCACAGAUUCGUUCGUCUGCUGCGGUGCGACAGAGACGCGCAGCAACCCGCAGCGAGGACAGCACAGAUGCUGAUGCCCCUGGUGCUAUGCACCCGCAAUCUGGAUUGGAGGAGGAAGUGGUGGAGGGCGAUGCCUUGAGCGAAGAUGAGGAUGCACUGGAUGUGUUUGAGAUUGAGCAGGAGGUGGACGAGCCCCCACCAACCACUGAACCCACCCCGGCCGCUGUUGUCAUGAUGACAAACACGGGCCGGGUACGAACACGCCGGCUCGCACGCCCAGAGCGCCGCACGUCCACGGUUGUGUAUGGUGUUGAGUACCGCCCCGGUUACGACACCAUCAUUGGCGCUGAUGGAGACACUUCCUCGCAGGACAACGACGACGAACAAGACCUCGACCUGGAGGCUGUGGCGCGCAUGUUCGGGUGGCACCUGCAAGACGGAUCACACCACGUCGACGAGACUGCGGCGACGCAAGGCAUGAGGACAACAACAACACACGCUCCUGCUGAUGAUGUUGACGCUGCUGUAGCGAUGGAGGAGGCUGCGCUAGACGAGCACGUUGUGCUGUUAGACGCCAGCGGCACCGCAGAACGUGUCUUGCAGGCGCUGUGAUGUGUUGACAUGACGUGCCUGUCACGGGAUGUGACGUGGGAUGUGGCGGUUUCUGCGCAACAAGUGUUAAUUUACGUUAAUAGACUCUGUGUGUCUGUGUGUGUGUGUGUCUGUGUGUGUGUCUGUGGUGUACAUCGUCGGGGAGUGUCGUUGAUCUCAUAGUUGACGAAUACACGC